CUCCCACCACUACUCCACCCCCUCCUUGGCUCCUUCCUCCUCCAUCCAAUAAAUUCACAGAGAGAGAGAGAGAGAGAGAGAGAGAGAGAGAGAGAGAGAAGUUUUAUGGGUAGUAAGCCGCAGCUGUUUUUGCACUCGUCCUCUCUCACAGCCAUCUACCAAGGGAAAACGCCCUGUCUCGGCUACUGCUCUCUUUCUUCUUCAUCAUCAUCUUCUCCGUUUCACCAUUAGCUUAAUUUCUAUUUACCAGAAUUAUUCUCUGGAUAGAAAGUGCAGGUACCCAAAUCACACCAUUAUUGAAUCAUUCUUUUUCAUCAAUCAAGGAGCAGAAGAAUUUCCAUGGGUCUCCUUUGUGACAUGAUUCUGAGCCUUGCGAUGCUCUUCUUUUCCAGAGGUGUUUCAGCUGCAACUUUUACAUUUGUGAACAAGUGUGACUUCACCGUAUGGCCUGGAAUUCUCGGUACCCCAACACUAGACACCACAGGAUUUGAACUAACCAAGGGCAGCUCGAAAUCCUACCAAGCACCAACUGGCUGGUCGGGUCGGUUCUGGGGCAGAACCGGCUGCAACUUCGACGGGUCGGGUCACGGGUCAUGCGCCACCGCGGACUGCGGUUCCGGCCAAGUCGAGUGCAACGGAGCCGGAGCCACCCCGCCAGCGACCCUCGCCGAGUUCACUCUUGGGUCGGGUACCAUGGACUUCUAUGACGUCAGCCUCGUCGACGGGUAUAAUUUGCCCAUGAUCGUUGAGGUGAGUGGCGGGUCAGGUGCGUGCGCGCCCACGGGUUGUGUCGUGGACUUGAACCGGAACUGCCCGAAGGAGCUCCGGGCGGCAGACGGCGACGCGUGCAGGAGUGCUUGUGAGGCGUUUGGGACUCCGGAGUAUUGUUGCAGCGGCGCGUACAAUUCACCUACGGCGUGUACGCCGUCGGUGUAUUCGCAGAUGUUUAAGUCAGCGUGUCCGAGGUCGUAUAGCUACGCUUACGAUGAUGCUACGAGUACGUUUACAUGUACGGCUGCUGAUUAUAGUAUCACAUUCUGUCCAUCCGUUUCAAGCAAAAAAGCAUCAAAAGACUCGGCAAAAUCAACGCCUACAACAGAUUCGGAACCAGGAUCAGCCGAGACAACAUUGUUGUCAAACGGGUCACCAUCGUGGUUAGCAAAUUUGGCCACCGGAGGCUCGACCAGAAAACAACCACAUUGUGCUCUUCUUCUAUUUGCAUUGAUUGUCACCACUAUUUCAAUCUCUCUCUCAUUCCUACGACAAUUGUAGCCUCUCUCACUUUUCCUGACGCAAAAAAUGCGAAGCCCAACAAUCUAUUUGGCGUCGCCUUCCCAUUGAAACCCUCAAACAAUUCUCACAAGCCAAAUCUUUACUAAAGAUAUCAUAUCCAACUUGCCCAACAGAACAAAACAAAAACAGCUACAACGGAGUUUUUGGUAUUUGCUACAGAAGAUCCGAUCCAACUUGCCCAACAAAAACAGCUACGGUGGAGAUUUUGGUAUUUGCUGAAAGUUACGAAAGCUGACAAAAAUCCAAGUUGUAAAGCCAUGUUCUAUGUUUAUAUGCUCCAAUUAUUAUCUGUACAUAGAGGUGUUUGUUUUAUUGAAUUGGAGUAAAUGGCUUUAUCUUUUUCACAUUAAAGAAAGAAAGGGGGUUAAAGU